AUGAAAAUAUUUUCUGGAACUCGUUCAUGCCAUGACCUAAUGUUUUGUCCUCAUACUGCUGCAUUAUUCUUUUGUGCAAUGUUUUGGUAUCACUACAUAGAAAAAGCUCCAUUAAUAAAUUUUAAAUGGUGUUAUAAAGUUAGCCCUUCUGUUAAUGAAUAUGGCUAUCCACUUCGGUUUACAAUAGAAAAGGGUAUUAUUUGUAUUAUUACUGCUAUUGCCUCACUACUAUUUGUUAUGUGUAAAAGACACUACACUUUUGAUAUCUACAUUGCUGCUAUUAUUUCAGUACUUUUGUUUAAAUUAUACCAUCACUAUAUUCUCCAUAUUAAUACGAGAAUGAAUUGGUUCAAUGCUUUCUUACGAUGGUUUGAAGAUGGGUCUCCAGACAUUCCUGAACUUGGAAUGAAACAAGUAGAUCAUGAUAAUUAG